AUGAACGAAGAACGUAUCCACCAGGCCACCAUUGCCCGACGACCGCUCCUUAUGUCCUCACCCUGUCACUUGCUCACUGAUUCGCCAAUCACCUACAACCCACCUGACGUCUACUCGUCGGCUACUCAGCUCGCACUAUUUCGGUUUAGCGCUUCAAUUUCAGUUGAAAUUUACCUAAGAAACGACAAAUUAAGUGUUCAAUAUGGAGCCGAGACACAAGCAGAAAUCCUGGUUUAG